AAAAAAAAAAGCCUCUCCUCUGUUUUGAGGAGUUUUAGGAAUAACAAGUAGGAAAGUAGGAUAAGUUUGUUUUUGCGGGCAAAACACCCGGCAGGUUGAUUUUGUAAGGGUCCUGUUACCUGGUGACCAGAGGUGGGAUCCGGAGAAGACCCCCCAGACAGCUCUGAGGCGGGCUGAGGAAGCGGGUGCGGGCGCCCGCAGAGCCGGCAGAGGGGGGACCCCGGGGCCCGAGGAGUAGCCUGCCUCCAGCUUCUACCGGCCGUCCUGGCAUCUCCGGCAGAGGCCUCUGCUUUGUACCCUGCAGCCUGGCUUCCUGAGGCCUGGCUGAAGUGAUCUGAGAGGCAAGGGUUAUAAGUCUUCAGCAGCUGCGUGUUGGAAAGACCAGCAGAUGUUCUGACUGCUUCUAGAUGUUGUUGGCGGGCUGUGUCAGAGGGGGCUGCCAGCCAGGCCUUGCCAUGUCAGGAGACCUUGGGGGAAGGAGCAGAUCUCAAGCUAUAGCAGAUGUGUUCCUGCCACCCAGCUUCAGUGACCGGAUACACCUUGGCCUGCCCCACAGCCAGGCGCCUCCAGCUGUGUUCCCAGAGUACGCCCGCAACCCCAGCCUGUCUCCAGCCCAGACGUCACACCACACCUUGUCUGGAACUCAUCCUCACCUCCACCGUAUGGAAAUUAUUCAGAGCAUGGGGUUGAGAAUCAGAGGAACCAAAGACAACUUGGGCGGUGGUGACGGAGGGGGCAUCAAUGUUGUAGCCGUACCAAGACUGCAGUUCAGAGCUACCACUUCUAUUCCACUGGCUACCACGGACACCACACAGCUGGCCACUGCUUCCCCACUUGUGGAAAAAUGUGUAAUGGUGACCAGUAGAAGAGAAAGUACACUCAGUCUGGGUUGCUUCCCAGACAAGAAGAUGAGAGGGAGUAUCACCAGGUACUCUGGGUCAGCUCUGCUACAUUAUUGUACAAGCCUACAGCAUCUGGAGAACAAGGGAAAAAUCAACCUCCUUGAGAUGGCUUCCACAUUUACGAGAUAG